AUGGCUUCCAUACCAACCGCAGCGCGGUCCUUCCCCAAGAUCACUCGGAAAGCCAUCCAACAACGAUCAAUAUCGGACGUCGCGAUCACACGCACGGGGAAGCCUAUCUUCAGAGUUCAGGGUGGAAGGUCGGCGCUAGGCGGACAUACGGCUACGGUAUUCGGCGCAACGGGACAGCUCGGACGGUACAUUGUGAACCGAUUGGCUCGGCAAGGAUGUCAGGUCGUCAUCCCGUACAGAGAGGAGAUGGCCAAGCGCCACCUCAAGGGCCGAUUGCUCAUCUACACCCAGGAAUACGAUCUCCGGAACACCGAGUCGAUUGAGGAGGCCGUCAGGCACUCGGACGUUGUUUACAACCUGGUGGGGCGGACAUACCCAACGAAGAACUUCUCUUUGGAGGAUGUCCACGUCGAGGGCACAACUAGGAUCGCCGAGGCUGUGGCCAAGUACGACGUAGACCGCUUCAUUCACGUAUCAUCCUACAACGCCGACCCCGACUCCCCAGCAACAUUCUUUGCGACCAAGGGCCGUGGCGAGCAGAUCGUCCGAGAUAUCUACCCAGAGACGACCAUUGUGCGACCUGCGCCGUUGUUUGGUUUUGAGGAUCAGCUCCUGCUAAAGCUCGCUGGCCAAACGAACCUGUUCACUUCAAAUCACAUGCGGGAGAAAUACUGGCCUGUUCACUCCAUUGACGUCGGCCAUGCCCUCGAGCUGAUGCUUUACGACGACAACACGGCGGCACAGACCUUUGAGCUCUACGGGCCCAAGCAAUACUCCACGGCGCAAAUUGCGGAACUUGUCGAUAAGGAAAUCUUCUCUCAGCGACGACACAUCAACGUGCCCAGGCAAUUCCUCGAGCCCGCUGCAAAGCUCCUCAAUCAGGUGCUUUGGUGGCCGUGGAUGUCCGCUGAACAGAUCCAAGUGGAGAACAUUGACCAGGUAAUCGACGAGAAGGCGAAGACCUUCAAGGAUCUCGGAAUUGAGCCAGGUGACAUUAGCAAGUUCACAUACCACUACGUUCAAGGCUUCCGUAGUGGUGCAUUCUACGACCUGCCACCAGCAAGCGAGAAGGAGAAGAGAGAGGAGAAGAAGUAUCUGCAUGUCCUUGAUGACCAUGGCAUUGUCAAAACACCAAAUCCUCAGCUCCACAGCCAGCAUUCUGAGUCCUCGAGCGAAUUUCCGAACCCGGUUUUCCUUAAUCGUAUUCAUUCCAUUGACAGCGGCCCAAACAUGGCGGAUGCCGACGAUGAGCCCAUAAUCCUGUCGGCCCACGCCCUCGACGCCCUCCAGGAGUUCUACUCGGAGCGGGAUGCCCGCGCGAAGCACUUUGAGCAGCUCAAAGCCGCGGCCGAGGACCGCGAGGCGGCAGGGCGUGAGGCGGCGCUCGUGUACCCGCUGUCGAUGGAGACUUUCGGCGAGGACUGGAACGAGUCGCAAUUCUGGUACUCCGACGAGACGGCCAACCUCCUGGCCAGGCAGCUUCUUGACGGGGCCACGUCUGACACCAAGAUCGCUGUCGUGUCGGCGCCGAGCGUCUUCGUUGCGCUGAAGAACAUUCUUCACGACCACCGUUUUGGCGUUUUCUCCGAGUUCCUGUUCUACGACUUCAUGCAGCCCGUCAAGCUCCCCGCCCACCUCAAAGGCAGCAUAGACCGCAUCAUCUGCGAUCCGCCCUUUCUCAGCGAGGACUGCCAGACGAAAGCCGCCCUGACUGUGCGGUGGAUGGCCAAGCCGGCCGCCGAUGUCAAACUCAUAGUCUCCACAGGCGAGCGCAUGAGGGAUUUGGUAACCAAGCUGUACCGGUCGUUUGGUCUCAAGACUACCGACUACGAGCCGGCGCAUGCACGUGGGUUGAGCAACGAGUUCUUCUGCUACGCUAACUUUGAAGGCGAGGCAUGGAAAUGGAGACCUGAGGAUCGAUAG